AUGACAGGAAAUGAGAGCCCCUGUGAGAAGGACAGCACAGGUACGUCCACCAUGCAUAAGGCGGCCGCUAACGGACACCUGGAGUGCUUACAGCUGCUGUCCCAGCGCGGUGGCGAGCUCACCCAGCCGGAUAUCACCGGGUGCACACCGUUGCACGCCGCGGCAAGGAACGGCCACCUCAAAGCCGUGAAGUGGCUCGUGGAGGCCGGCAUCGACAUCAGCCUACAGUCACGCAAGGGGAAGACAGCCACAGACGUAGCCAAGGCGGGCGGAUACUUUGAAGUGGCUAAAUUCCUUAAAGAAGCUGGCCGAGAGAAGUUCGAUUGGGAGAAAGCUGACAAGUACGGCAAGUUGAACUUCGUGACCCGUUGA